AUGGAUCCUGUCCGACCACGCUUCAGGGGCCUGUCUCCCAUGCACCCAUCUCAGUCUGUGCGGAUGCCAGGCUCUUGGCCACAAGCUCCAAAACCUUUGGACACAGCUCUGAGCAGGGCAGGACCUACAGGCAGAGGCCAUGUGUUUGGAAAGCAAAAGGAGCCGAGUCCACAGAGUGGGCCAGUGCAAAAGGAGUCUGUGGGUUUAGUCUCAAUGUUCCGAGGGCUGGGCCUUGAAACAGCAUCCCAGACCCCUCUGAAACGGGAGAUGCCUCCUUUAGGUAGAGGCAUUUUAGGUCUAGGCUUACCUACCAGUAUGGCAUGCAAGGUCAAAGAAGAACCCCAUCCCACUUUUCUGGAUCCUUCAGUGUUGGCAGCUGGGGAUAGCAAGAUGGCAGAGGCCUCCGUUGGUUGGAAUAGGAUGCUCAGAAGAGGGAAUUUGGAUGCAUCUUUGUCACCAGUGGGAAGAGCAGCUGGUGGUUUAGGCAGAGGAAUAUACAAGGCUCCUGGUGCUCUCAGCCUGCCUUAUCAGGAUCCUGCCCAGCUCUCACCUCUGCCCCAGGCCCCACUAUACUCCCUUAAUACUCCUCCACUUGGGACUGCAGAGCGCAAGAAAGAGCUUUUUGUGAAGCAAGGAUCAAAGGGAACACCUCAAUCUUUGGGAUUGAACCUUAUCAAAAUACAGUGUCAUAAUGAAGCAGUUUAUCAAUAUCAUGUGACUUUCAGCCCCGACGUGGAGUGCAAAAGCAUGAGGUUUGGCAUGUUGAAGGACCAUCAAGCUGUCACCGGAAAUGUCACUGCUUUUGAUGGAUCCAUUCUCUAUCUACCUGUUAGACUUCAGCAAGUUCUUGAGUUAAAGAGUCAAAGGAAAACUGACAGUGCUGAGAUCACCAUUAAGAUUCAGUUGACAAAGAUCCUGGAGCCCUGUUCUGAUUUGUGCAUUCCCUUCUACAAUGUUGUAUUCCGUCGGGUAAUGAAACUUUUAGAUAUGAAGCUUGUGGGAAGAAACUUCUAUGACCCUACAAGUGCUAUGGUACUGCAGCAGCACAGAUUGCAGAUCUGGCCGGGCUAUGCAGCUAGCAUCCGGAGGACAGAUGGAGGUCUUUUCCUGCUAGCGGAUGUCUCCCAUAAGGUCAUUCGGAAUGAUUCUGUGCUGGACAUCAUGCACACCAUGUACUUGCAGAACAAAGAAAACUUCCAGGACGAGUGCACUAAGCUUCUGGUUGGCAAUAUUGUUAUAACCCGAUACAACAAUCGUACCUAUCGUAUUGAUGAUGUGGAUUGGAAUAAGACUCCAAAAGAUAGCUUCACCAUGUCUGAUGGGAAGGAGAUUACAUUCUUGGAUUACUACAGCAAGAACUAUGGGAUCACAGUAAAGGAAGAGGACCAGCCAUUGCUGAUCCACAGGCCCAGUGAGAGACAGAAUAACCAAGGGAUGUUGCUAAAAAGUGAAAUCCUGCUGCUCCCUGAGCUUUCCUUCAUGACUGGAAUCCCUGAGAAGAUGAAGAAGGACUUCAGAGCCAUGAAGGAUUUGACCCAGCAGAUCAACCUGAGCCCCAAACAGCACCAUAAUGCUUUGGAAUGCUUGCUGCAGAGAAUUUCGAAAAAUGAGACAGCUAACAAUGAACUGACACGUUGGGGACUCUAUCUGCAGAAAGAUGUACAUAAGAUUGAAGGACGUGUUCUGCCAAUGGAAAGAAUUAACUUAAGAAAUAUAUCAUUUAUCACAUCUCCGGAACUAAACUGGAUUAAGGAAGUAACCAGAGACCUUUCCAUCUUAACUGUCCCCAUGCAUUUCUGGGCACUGUUUUACCCAAAGAGAGCAAUGGAUCAAGCCCGAGAGCUGGUGAACAUGUUGGAGAAGAUAGCCGGCCCCAUUGGCAUGCGUAUGAGCCCACCAGCCUGGGUGGAACUGAAGGAUGAUCGCAUAGAGACCUAUAUCAGAACCAUUCAAUCCAUGCUGGGCGUUGAGGGGAAGAUACAGAUGGUUGUUUGCAUCAUCAUGGGUACACGUGACGAUCUCUAUGGGGCCAUUAAAAAGCUGUGCUGUGUGCAGACUCCUGUACCCUCACAGGUCAUCAAUGUCCGAACCAUUGGUCAGCCCACCAGGCUUCGAAGUGUGGCCCAGAAAAUUUUACUUCAGAUUAACUGUAAAUUGGGUGGUGAGCUCUGGGGAGUCGAUAUUCCUCUGAAACAGUUAAUGGUGAUUGGAAUGGAUGUUUACCAUGACCCCAGCAGAGGCAUGCGCUCCGUGGUUGGCUUCGUCGCAAGCAUCAAUCUCACCCUCACAAAAUGGUAUUCACGAGUGGUGUUCCAGAUGCCUCAUCAGGAGAUUGUGGAUAGCCUGAAGCUAUGCCUGGUGGGCUCCUUAAAAAAGUUUUAUGAGGUGAACCACUGCCUCCCAGAUAAGAUUGUGGUGUACCGUGAUGGAGUGUCUGAUGGCCAACUAAAGACAGUUGCCAGCUAUGAAAUUCCUCAGCUACAGAAGUGUUUUGAAGCUUUUGAGAAUUAUCAUCCCAAGAUGGUGGUGUUUGUAGUGCAGAAGAAAAUCAGCACCAACCUGUACCUGGCUGCCACUGAGAACUUUUCGACUCCCUCUCCUGGGACUGUGGUAGAUCAUACGAUAACAAGCUGUGAGUGGGUGGACUUCUACCUUCUUGCCCAUCAUGUGCGGCAGGGUUGUGGCAUUCCAACCCAUUAUGUUUGUGUUCUCAACACUGCAAACCUGAGCCCUGAUCAUAUGCAGAGGUUGACUUUCAAACUGUGCCACAUGUACUGGAAUUGGCCUGGUACCAUUAGAGUUCCAGCUCCUUGCAAGUAUGCCCACAAGCUAGCCUUCCUGUCAGGACAGAUCUUGCACCACGAACCAGCCAUCCAGCUGUGCGAGAACCUGUUCUUCCUGUGA